ACAAGUAUGGCGACAUGCGAACAGGUGCAAGCAGAACCAGAGGGGUUCGGAGGAAAGAAGCGUCGUUUAGAUGAAGAAGUUACAAAAAUAUCAAUAUGCAUACAGCAGUUUAGGAGAUGGUGUAAUUUUAAGAUUAGAGUCAACUGCACACGCGACUCAGAAGCCAUACAAAUCUUGCUAGACCAUUGGUACAAGACUUUCCCGGACACAUCAGUAGAUAAGGAAAAUGGUAGGAAAAGGAAAGAGAGACAGACCAAUUCUGUUUCAAAAGCAGGAAAUGGGGCACUGCCUGACCUAGAAACACAGAACAGUAAAGAUGUAGAUUGUGUUACAUGUACCAGUACAUCACUAACAGAACAUGUACAGACAGAGAUAGACAGCAUUCCAUUAAAGAUGGAGGUGGAUGAUGAUAUUGUAACUGAGGAACCAGAGAACACAGAGAUUGAACGAGUGCUAAGUCCGAGUGUAAUGGUCACAGAUGAUAAUCUGAAUAAAGAAAUUAAAAAUGAAAGAAUGUGGACUCAGAAAUUCUGUUUUUUGUCAAAUUGCAAUCAGCGCGUUGUUCCAAGGCAUGCGGAAGUCAAGAAGCUGAAUGAAGCAGAUCUUGGAAACAAGGUAGUGACUUUUACCAUAGACGAAAACCCGGCAACAUUCCGAGAAGCGAUCCUCAGCGCAUGCCCGCAACUCAGGAAGGCAGGAGGAUUUGAGCUGUUCCAAAGGAAAAGAACUUUUAGUUUAGAGAACAUCUCCGAGCCUCCCGGUGGAUUUACCACUUCGUAUUUGAUGGAGAAAAACGAGCUGAACGGAAUCGUCUGUUACGUUAGGCCUCAGAAGAGUAUUUCAGUGAAAGCCAUCGAGGAUUGUCCAAGGAGAACCCGGAAUGACCUAAAUUUCGCUCAAAAAAUGCAAGUUCUGGACCUGUUAAAGCAAGGCAGGACACAGACAGAAGUGGGCAGACGUGUUGGUUGUGCCCAGUCUGUAAUUUCCCAAAUUGCUGCCAGAGAACAGGAGAUCUAUGCACAAGGGAAUAACUUAAAUCCCAGUAGAAAACGUUUGCGAGCCGGAAAAGCAGCAGACGUGGAGGUAGCUCUGACCAAUUGGUUUAAAAGCAUUUAUCGGCCUGGGAAAUACAUUCCCAACUAUAUAAUAAUGGAGCAGGCUGAGCUAGAGGCUAGGAAGCUGGGUAAAAUGUUGUUUAAUCCUUCAUCUGGUUGGCUUAUGAGGUGGAAAUUAAGGCACAAUAUACCCUCGACGGCGAUGAAGAAAAAACCUCAAGUAGAAACUCGGAAUACGUCAACAAACGAGGAAGAAGUUUCUCAACAGGAAGUUGAAGAAGAGGAAGUAGUUCCUGAAGAGGCUGAAAUUGAGGCUGUAUCUCAAGAUAAUGACUCAAGAUAUCAGAAUGAUGACUUAGUAUCUCAGCGAGAUGGGACCUCGUCUCACAGUGAGGACUCAAACCCUCAUAACACGGAAGAGAAUGGAACAAUGCAGAUUGAAGUUGCAGAGCAGACAAAAGAGAAAUGCAGCAGUGAAGGGACAGUCUCGGAGUAUUUGCCUGAGAAAAGAAAGAAAACCUCAGCAAUGAACAAUUCAGUGGAAAUUCCUGAGUACCAUCCCAGGACUCGCAGACGUAAUGACCUGAGCCUGAAGGACGAAAUGCAUGUCAUUGACCUUCUAGAACUGAAACUCUCGCAGAACAAGAUUGCAAGACUACUAGGAAUUUCACAAGCCCAAGUUUCUAGAAUCUCUAACAGUAAGGAGGAUAUCCGAGCUCAGUGUCUGACCUCAGAGGAUCUGAAUCGCAGAAGGAACAGGAAGGGAAAGGCCCCGGAUGUUGAGUCUGCACUGUUAGCCUGGUAUCAAAGUCUACUGGAUCAGGAACCGGAAAAACAGAUAACAAACCAGAUGUUAAAGGACCAGGCAAAAAAGCUGGCAGGGGAAUUCGGAAUUCCAAAUUUUCCUGCCAGCAGUGGGUGGCUGUACAGGUGGAAAGACAGACAUAACUUGGUGGAUCCGGCUCUGAAGAAGAAAAAAACAAAAUAUGAUGGGAAGAAAAACUCAGCACAGGAAAAUCUCAAUGCGGAGUCAGAAAAUUCUAUAUCUGGAGCACCAGACCAUCAAGAGGAAGAAGAAGACCAGGAAGAUGAGUCCAGCGAGGGCAUUGUGUCCAGUGAACUGUGUGGUGAAAACAAUAACUCAGUGAUUAAAGAGCAACAACUGUGUCAGAAUGUGGAACCCAGUGUUGAGGCUUCUGCUAUCCAUCCUAAAAAAGAUACCUCAGGAUCAUAUUCUAUGAAUAUUCCUAAAUCUGAAAUGACUGAGCAGGUUGAAACUCUUAAUCUUAUAGGAACAUCAGAAAAAGAUACUAGUGCAAAGUCUGCCUCAAAUAUUCCAGGGACGAUGUCACAGGAGAGUGAUGCUGGGGCUACUACACUGGACAAACAGUUGGAGACCCAGAAGUUGUUGGCUACAGCUUUCUUACAUUCACUCAAUAUACUUGGACCACAGACUUCUGGUCAAGGUAGUGGCUCAGUUGUUCCACAGUUUACUGGAUCAGCUCAGGAAAUGGUGAGGAACCUAUUGGAUCUAUGUCAGACUCCAACACAAAUUUCUUCUACUCCAACUAAAAGCCAAGCAGAGGAACCAAAGUCUGGAGAAAUUUUGAUGGCUCCAUCAGAAGUUAAUACCAGUAUGACAUCUCUAAAACCAUCAACAGUUGUAUCUAGUGUUCAAAAUAAUAGUGGAGCAAAUGAGAGUGAAACAGGUAUUGUUGGACUUGCAACACAUUCACAGACUAGCAUGUCAUUAGAUUCAGCAUCUUUGAAUGCUGGAAUGUCUUCCAUUGCACAGAGUUUAUCAUCGUCAUCAACCUCACCAGCUAUUUCCAGCACUAUGUCUAAAGAUAAGGAGAACAAAACAUUGAAAGCUUUCAUACCAUCAGAAGUGCCAAAAGUAUCUGCAGCAUCCACCAAUGUUUCAAGUAUGUGUAGUUCUAGUAAUGAAACGAUGGGGACUGUAUCUUCUAAGAUAACAAAGACUCCAAAGAAACAAACCUCAACCACUAGUGGCUUAAGUUCCACAUCAAAGUCCAAAUCAAAAUUGAAGGGAAAAUCUACACCUUCAUCAAAUGUGCCUGAAGAGCCAGUGACUCCAAGAUACAGUACACGUAAAAGGACCACCAACAAGAUUAUACAGAAGUUAACUGAGGAGGAGAAUGAGUCAGACAUUGCUGACAUGAACGAUGACAGUGAUAAUGAUCCCAACUGGGAGGAAACAGAGAAAAAGAAAAAAGACACUGAUUUGUCUUCAGAUCCUGAUGACUUAAUGGAUUCAGAGGAAGAUGAUGAAGCUUUUGAUAAGACCAUGAUGAUGAUGACGAUGAUUAUGAAAAUGAACAGGAAGAUUCUGCACGACCUUCAAUGGAUGGGCCUUAUACCGAAGAUUUCAAACGAAAAAUAAUCUUGUAUGCUGAAAAACACGGCAACAACCAAACUGCUCUUAGAUUACAUAUUGACAAGGAAUUGGUUUGGAAAUGGAGGGAAGAAAAGGACACUCUUUUUUCCAUUAAAGGAUCCUCAGCAAAUGAUGUUCACACAUCCGGGUCACAGUCUCUGAUGACAGAUGAGGAGAUAGACAAUGCCAUAUCGAACUUCAGGUCAGAACAAAGAAGAAGUUACACCUCUGAAUUUAAACUGGAGGUGGCGAACUAUGCCACGCAGACAAAUAAUAUGGCCGCCCAGCGAAAGUACGGUGUAAGCGAAAAACUUAUUCGUUACUGGAGAAAACAGAAAAAUAAUCUUGAAAAAAGU